AUGGCACCGGCGCAAGAUUCUGCUCCUGUGAAGGCAACUGCAAUGGGAGACGCCGUUAGAGUGCUCGAUAUAUGCACUGAAACACUGACUUUAAUAACCACGGACGUUGUCAUACUUUGUGCGACAGAGAUCGUUGAAUGUCCAGUACGCCGAACCGAAUUUCACGUCAAAGAAGGAGAAAGCGUCGAGAGCAUUCCAUCAAACCAAUUUAUCAAGAAUAUACUGGAAUUACUCACUCUGAGCCCAACGUAUUAA